AUGAAGCCGUUUCUUGYGUCUCUCCUUCUGCUGGGAGGUUUUCUACAAGCUUCGCCCUCAGAGUUUAACCUGGAUGGAGAUUAUUUGAUCGGCGGACUCUUUGAUAUUCAUUUUGUCAGUAAAAAAUUUCAGCAUAACAGACCACAAGCCCUCGACUGCUCCAGUCAACCCUUCAGCAUCUCAAAUUACCGGAGGUUUCAGCUGAUGCGAUUCACCGUAGAGGAAAUCAAUAACUCCACCAGUCUGCUUCCUAACGUGUCUCUUGGUUAUGAGAUGUUUGACCACUGCUCAGACAUGUUCAGUUUCCCGGGGGUUUUCAAACUCAUAUCAGUCAACGGCUUGAUCCAUCCUUGGGCCGAACCGUACAAGCAUCUGUCCAAAGUGAUUGCAGUGGUUGGUCCUUUCACAAGCACUCAGGCCCUGACUGUUGCCCCGUUUUUCAUGGCGGAUCUCCUUCCAAUGGUUAACUAUGGAUCUUCAACUUCUGAUUUUUCCAAAAAGGUGAAAUUUCCAUCGUUCUUGCGAACAGUCCAUCCCAACAAGGACGUCAUCGAAGUGAUUUUUACCAUUGUGAAACACUUCAACUGGCGCUGGGUGGCUUUCCUCAAUGGUGACAGUGAUUACGGAAUUGAUGGUCUGGAAUUGUUCAUAAAAAGAAUUAGGAACACUGACAUAUGCCUGGCAUACUCCAGAAACCUCAAUCCCAGCACAAAUUUUUCUCAAAUGUUCAAAGAGAUCGAAAGGUUGAGGAUACACGUCAUUAUAGUUUUUACUGCUGAGAUAGCUGCUGAAGCUCUCAUCGAGUCAGCUGUUCAGCUGAAUGUAUCCAAGAAAGUUUGGGUCGCAAACGACGCCUGGUCUUUGAACCAACACCUCCCAAACAUGAAGGGAAUCCACAAUAUUGGCACUGUGCUUGGAGUGGCUCAGCCAGUGGUAACAAUACCCAGUUUCAGUGAUUUCAUUCAUUCUGUAGGCCAAGUUAAGUGUGAAAAGGAUGAGCAGCAGAAGUUUUGCAAUCAAGUUUGCAAAUGUAGCGAGUGGAGCACCGAGGGGAUCCUUAAUGCCGACCCGUCGUUCUCUUUUCCUGUUUACUCUGCUGUAUACGCCAUCGCUCAUGCCCUGCACAACGCCUUACAGUGUGGAGCUACCAGGUGUAGGAAURUUACAGUGUACCCAAACAAAGUUCUAGCAGAGUUACAGARGUCCAAUUUCACUCUGUUAAACCGAACUAUCCAGUUUGAUGAAAACGGUGACCUGAAGUUCGGCUCGUACUCCAUCAUUUUCUGGAACAGCAGCGGUAACGCCCAGAAGGUUGGGUUUUUUCAGUUCUACCCGACACACAAUUUCUUCAUCAACAGCUCGAGUAUCCUCUGGUACGAAAAUGGAGAGAUACCUACUUCAUUGUGCUCCACAGAAUGUACCGAGGGAUAUGUCAGGAAGCUAAAUGAAAUCCACAAGUGCUGUUUUCUGUGUGAAAUCUGUCCAAAUGGAACCUACAUCAAYGCUACAGAAGACCCCUACAACUGCAUCCGCUGUAAGGACACAGAGUGGUCUGCCAGAGGAAGUACAUCAUGCAGUAAGCGGCUGGUGGAGUUCAUCCCGGCCGCAGACAGUGGAGCUGUGGUGAUCAUGGUKGGGGCUUGUGUUUUAGUGGGUCAGACUCUGGUUGUGUCUGUUCUCUUUGCCUUUAACUAUAACACCCCUGUAGUCAGAUCUGCCGGAGGACCCAUGUGCUUCCUGAUCCUAGCCUGCCUCAGCCUGUGUAGUCUUUGUGUGUUCUUUUAUUUUGGUAAGCCCACAGCUGCUUCCUGCGUCCUGCGAUAUUUCCCGUUCUUUUUGUUCUACACCGUUUGUAUGGCGUGUUUCGUCGUGCGCUCUUUUCAGAUAGUUUGCAUAUUCAAAAUAUCUGCCAAGUUCCCCAGACUCCUCAGUUGGUGGACGAAAUAUCACGGGCAAUGGCUGCUCAUCACUGGAGCGUUUGUCAUUCAGGCCCUUUUACUUGUCAUCAGCUUUUGCUAUGAUCCUCCCAGACCCUACAAUGAAACAUCAUGGUACCAAGAACAAAUUGUACUUUUCUGUUACUUGAAUCUUGAAGCGACGGCUUGUACUUUCAUUUUACUUGUCAUGUUGUGCUGUCUUUGUUUUAUUUUCUCCUACAUGGGCAAAGACCUGCCAAAAAACUACAACGAGGCCAAAGCGAUCACUUUCUGCCUGUUGGUUCUGAUCCUCACCUGGAUCAUGUUUGCCACCGUGUACAUGUUCUAYCACGGAAAGUACAUCCAAAUGUUUAAUGCUCUGGCAGUUCUCUCCAGCCUGUACUCUUAUCUGCUCUGGUAUUUUCUACCAAAAUGCUACAUCAUCAUAUUUCAACCCCAGAGGAACACACAGCAGUACUUUCAGGGUCUCAUUCAGAGCUAUACCAAAACUUUUAGCCAAUAA